CGGGGCGGAGCCUAGUCCGAGUAGGCGCUGCGGGUCCCGGCGUAGUGUUACUGUGCUUGCGGGCCUGAGGUCGUCUCAGCCAUGACGAAAGGCAGAGUUGUCGAAAGGUCGCAGACGGGGUCACUCCAUACGACCCCUCCGGGGGACAAGGCAGCGGGGCCGCGAGGUCCCUCGGCGCCAGGCAGCGGAAACCACCUGAAGGAGAAAGCCUGUGCAGAAGCUGGGUCAGCAAGAAUGUCGCUUCUUAUAUUGGUGUCCAUUUUCUUAUCUGCAGCUUUUGUUAUGUUUUUGGUAUAUAAAAAUUUUCCUCAGCUUAGUGAAGAAGAAAGAAUGAAUAUGAAGGUUCCCAGAGAUAUGGAUGAUGCCAAGGCUCUAGGAAAAGUUUUAUCCAAAUAUAAGGACACCUUUUAUGUUCAAGUACUUGUAGCUUAUUUUGCUACAUAUAUUUUCUUGCAAACAUUUGCUAUUCCAGGCUCUAUAUUUCUCAGUAUACUCUCAGGGUUUCUUUAUCCCUUUCCACUAGCCUUAUUUCUUGUUUGUUUGUGUUCUGGACUCGGUGCCUCAUUCUGCUAUAUGCUCUCCUAUUUAGUUGGGAGGCCAGUUGUCUAUAAAUACCUAACUGAGAAAGCAGUAAAAUGGUCACAGCAGGUUGAACGUCAUAGAGAACAUCUCAUUAACUACAUUAUAUUUUUGAGAAUAACACCAUUUCUGCCUAACUGGUUUAUUAAUAUUACAUCUCCUGUGAUAAACGUGCCAUUGAAAGUUUUUUUUAUUGGCACUUUUCUAGGUGUUGCACCUCCCUCUUUUGUAGCAAUUAAGGCAGGAACAACAUUGUACCAGCUUACAACAGCAGGGGAAGCUGUUUCCUGGAACUCAGUAUUUGUUCUAAUGAUUUUGGCUCUUCUUUCUAUUCUGCCAGCCAUCUUCCAAAAAAAACUAAAGCAGAAAUUUGAGUGAAUAAUCCUCUGGGUUUUAGUUUUCCUAUCAUCUUCAUCAUCAUCAUCUCUCAGGAUUGGCAGGUUUAUGUGUUAAAAUCACCUCUUCAGUAAAUGAAACAGGAAUUUGUAAAAUAAAAUUUCCUAUCUGGUGGUUAAAAUAAUGUAUUUAAGUGGCAAAGGAGAGAAGAAAUAAAAAUGGAAAUUGGUAUACCAUGAAAAGUGCUGUCAGUAGUUACGAUAGACAUCUCCUAAAUUACUAUUCCAAGGCUAUAGAUGAUAAAUGUAGCAGCAUAGUAGGAAAUUCUUGACCCAACUGAUUAACUCAAUAUAUUUCAUGAACUGGCCGUAAAUACUUACCCUUGACUUAAUAAUUUAAUAUUUUUCUCUCUAUUCCAUACUAUAACUAAAAUAGGAAAAGCAAAUACAAAAUUCAAAAGCAAAGAUACAGUAUUGCUGUUUUGACUAAUGUCAGCCUUCUUUCAGAGCAUAAACUUGAAAACUAAAGCUCAAAAGAGAUUUACAUUUUCUUCCUUUUUACCUUUGAGGUAGUAGACUUGUUUUGAAAUUGCAUCUUAGUGGACUACUGAAUUUGGAAAAGAUAUCAAGUUAUAUCUAUUUAGUGAAUUUUAUUUUUGUCUUCUGUUCUAGAUUAUCAUGGAUUGGUCUGAAAUUUAAAAUUCUGACCAGUCUGUUUUCAUCUGUUUCCUAGCUUUCAAAAUAUUUCCACUGUGCAUAUACAAAAUGGCAAUGACAUGAUAAUUGUAUCAUAUUGGUGUUGAUAAUUUAUAUUCAGAUAAUAUUUUGUUACACAGUUCCCCUUUACUAUCUCAAAAGGUUAUCAAAAAAGCAAACAUUCAAAGUAUGCAGUUGUUAGAUGUUAGAUUAAUUAUGUUACUUUAUAUUUUGAAACAAAAGCAGUGUCAGUACAGCACUCAAGUAGUUGAAUAUAGUUUAUUUGUUCCAAUGACUGUAAAAUUUACCUCAUUUAUUUAUUAGUCUGGUCAUUAAAGUAUGUAUUAUGUAAUUAUCCUUUUUUAUGCAUGAUACAUAAGAAUGCCUUGUUUCAUUUCUAGUGAUGGCUUUUUUGUUUGGGGCUGCUUUUGAUUAAUGCAGUUUCCCUAUUUAGGGUUUUUACUUUUUAUAUCAAAGUAAAAUUAAAUUCUCAUAUGGUAACUACUAUUUAAAUAGUCCUGGAAAAACUAAACAGCUUUUUGCUGCUUGCUUAACGGUAAUAGCCUCGAUCGCUUGAUUCUAGGACAUAGAAUAAAGUACUCUGUCAGUUUUACCUUCACCCAAGACUGUCAUGUUGAAAAGUACUUUAGCUGUGGAAGAAAUCCUUGUAUGUUUUUAUUGUGAGAGGUAUGAUCAGCCUCAAAGCCAGUUUCUACUACAUAAUGUGGACUGAUUAUUUUUUCUAUCACAGUAUUAACAAAUGGAUUUAUUGUAAAUACAAAAAAAUAUAUUAAUUAAUAUACUAUUCUUAUGUCACCUGGACUUUUGUGUGAAAUUAUUUAUUGUUAUUUCUAGCAAGGUUUUCUUCCUUUCUUAUUGACCAGAGACUGAGUGAUAAAGCUUUUGUUAUUUUUACAAACAAAACAUAGCCUUUUUGGACAAAGCUCACUAAAUAUUACUGUAUAAAAUGUAAUUGAGUAAAUUUUUAUCAUACUUUUAAAAAUAAGAGUUUGGACUCAGGAGCAGCCUCACUAUUCCAUUAUGUAUAUAUUGUACUUACUCUAUUCUCAGAGUAUUUUCCCUAUCCUUAUCAUUGAUCCUGUCCCUUUGCUGAUUAUUUUUUCUGUUAGAAAACUGUAGUUGUCACUUAAGGUGAGGUAUAUUUUCUUCUCCCAAGAGAAUAGCCAGUCUUUCCACAUUCAUCAUCAUUGUCUGUCAAGAAAGAACCUUCAGCAGGCUGAACUCUAAAUGCAUUUGGUGGCCUAUAUUCAUGGAUUCACAGACUUGGCCUGAUGCCAGAUGUAGAUUCAAGCUUCAGCCACAUCUUGAAGACAGCUACAUAGUAAUAACCACCAGAGGGCAAGUAUGUGUAGUGGGGAGGCGAGCAGGCUAACUAGGAAGUUGACACACUGAAACUGUUCACCUCUUAGUUAAUGGCCUCUCUCUGGAGCUCUAUUACUUUGAGUGUAAUAUUUCUAAAACACUUAAUAAAUGUAAAUUAAAAUGUAAGAAGAAUAAAUUGUACUGAAAAACUUAA